AUGUCUGAGCAGAUCGAAAAGGCUUUCCAGAAGCAGCAGGGUAUCUUCCAAAACGCCAAGGUUGCCGGCAAGAAGUCCGUCAAGAACAACCGCUGGUACAAGGAGGUCGGUCUUGGCUUCAAGACCCCCAAGGAGGCUAUUGAGGGCCACUACAUCGACAAGAAGUGCCCCUUCACCGGCGAUGUCUCGAUCCGCGGUCGUAUCCUCACCGGCGAGAUCAUGUCGACCAAGAUGAAGCGCACCAUCAUCAUCCGUCGCGAGUACCUCCACUUCAUUUCCAAGUACAACCGUUACGAGAAGCGCCACAAGAACUUGGCCGCCCACAUGUCGCCCGCUUUCAUCGGUGUCCAGCAGGGAGACUCUGUCACUGUCGGUCAGUGCCGUCCCUUGUCCAAGACCGUCCGCUUCAACGUCCUCAAGGUCCAGAAGAAGGUCGUCAAGGGUGCCAAGAACUUUGCCAAGUUCUAA